AUGAAGGGCGUUAUGAGAUUUUGUAAUAAGGGCAAGCUUAGUCCCCGGUAUAUUGGAUCUUAUCGAAUAGCCAAGAGGAUUUGCAAUGUAACUUAUAAGUUGGAGCUACAACAAGAGUUAGCAGCGGUUCAUCCAGCAUUCCACGUCCCCAUGUUGAAGAAAUGCAUGAGUGGUCUUUCAUUGAUCAUACCAAUUAAAGAUAUUGGGAUCAAGGAUAUCUUAUCUUAUGAGGAGAUUCCCGUUCAGAUUAUAGAUCGCAAACUUUGCAAGUUGAGGAUUAAGAAAGUAGCAUCUGUCAAAGUCCUUUUGAGGAACCAAUUUAUUGAGGAAACUAGUUGGGAAGCUGAGGAGGAUAUGAAGAAGAGAUAUCCACAUCUAUUUGAAUCUGGAGAAGUUCCAAAUCAAAGUUCUAAUCCUUUCUUAGUUUUUAUCCAUAUAUAUUUGGAUAAGUUCACCCACGCGCCAAUCAUUAUCCAAUUCAGCUAA